AUGCACGCGGGAUGUUGUAUCAAAGUGCCACCAAAAAUUAAAAGUCAAAAAGCGGUAGUUAACGUGCGCUCAAAGGACAAUGCGUGCUUCGGGUGGUCGGUGGUCGCAGCUCUGUACCCGGCUAAAAAUCAUGUGGAUCGGACAUCGUCGUAUCCGCAUUACACUACUAUGCUGAAUCUCGAUGGCAUCGAAUUUCCGAUGAAAUUAAAAGACAUUUCGAAAUUCGAACGUUUGAACGAUAGCUCGAUCAACGUCUACGGUAUCGAGAACGAGAACAUUCUGCCUCUCCGGCGAAAAGAAGGAGAAGCAUGUGAACAUGCUAUACAUACAAGAUGUUUACAUUAUUUUUCCUCCAACGAAAAAUUGGAGAGCCACAGCGAGGAUUGUGGAAAACUGAACAAGUGCGCUAUCCGCUUGCCGAGCGAAGACGACAAAUGGUUGGCCUUCCGCAACUACUGCAGAAAGGAGAAGGCGCCUUUCAUCGUGUACGCCGACCUGGAGUGCGUGCUGAAGAAGACGGAAGAUGCAUCAUUAUCGGCAUCGUCGUACGCGUAUCAGCAGCACGAAGUAUUUAGCAUUGGAUACUAUGUGCGAUGCUCGUACGACGACGCGUUAUCGACGUAUCGGUUUCGUCGCGAUAACGACUGCGUCAGCUGGUUCGCGCGCCAGCUCGAGGAUUUGGCGCACCGCGCGAAAACUGUAAUAUCCGCUAGCCGACCUAUGGAUUUCACGCGCGACGACUGGCAGAAGUUUAACAGUGCUACGCACUGUCAUAUAUGCGAGAGACCGUUCGCGCCUUGCGACGAGCAGGCACGCGAUCACUGCCACUGCACCGGGCGCUACCGCGGUCCAGCGCAUAAGGGCUGCAAUAUAAAUUAUACAUAUUCUUUUUACAUACUGGUUGUAUUUCACAACCUAUUGGGGUACGACGCGCACUUUUUAAUCAAAGAAAUCGCUACCGCGUACGAUGGGCAGGUAGAUCUACUUCCUCUAACUAAAGAGAAAUAUAUUUCGUUCACGAAACAUGUUGACAGCACUAAAGAAAAAGAUGAAAAUAAUAUUAAGAAAAAUGGUAUUAAAUUACGAUUCAUUGAUUCUUAUAAAUUUUUGAGUGCGAGUCUAGAUAAAUUGGUGUCGUAUCUCGAUAAAGAGAAAUUGAAAAUUGUGCGAUCCGAAUUCUCUCAUUUAUCAGACGAAGAUUUCAAUCCGCUUACUCGUAAAGGAGUAUUUCCGUACGAGUACGUAGAUUGCUUUGAAAAACUCGAUGACACGCGUCUACCACCGCGCGAAUCUUUUCACAGCUCGCUGACGGGUGAUACAGUGUCUGAGAGCGAUUACGCGCACGCCGCGAACGUAUGGCAGCGGUUCUCCGUGCGAACGCUAAGCGAGUACAGCGAUCUGUACUUGAAAACCGAUGUUUUGUUAUUAGCCGACGUUUUCGAAAAUUUUCGCGACAGUUGCGUCGCGAGUUACGGUCUCGAUCCCGCGCAUUACUAUACAUUGCCCGAUUUCACGUGGAACGCUAUGCUGAAACACACGCGCGUGAAAUUCGAGUUGCUCACCGAUAUACAUACGGUGAUGUUUAUCGAGCGCGGUAUACACGGCGGCCUAAGUCAAUGUUCCGGCAGAUACACAAAGGUUAAUAACAAGUACAUGCGUUCGUACGACUCGUCGAAACCGUCGUCGUACCUGGGCACCUAUCAUGGAGAUUUUGUGAUUCCGAUCGGAAUUGUGAGAUUCCGACUGGCGAGUUUCCGACCGCGAUUUCGCUAA